AUGAAGAAAUCAAUCUCCUGCUUGGUUCUUUUAUCCCUGGCCUGCAUUGCCUCCUUUGCCAACACCUCUGAUGGACAAUCCGAUGGCUGUAAAAUAUAUGACAUCACUCAUACCGUAAAGAAUAAUAUGCCUACUUUUGGAAGCUUGUUAGGUGCUAAAGAUGUGAUAAAAGAAUUUCAAGGGCAAGCUACCAUCACUGGUACCAUCACCGUGGGCACUCAUCUUGGCACCCAUGUUGAUGCCCCUUCACACAUUUUCCCGGGUUUGUUAGGACAGCCUGGAUUCACAGUUGAUGCCCUCGACCUCAAAACCCUCAUGGGUUCGGUCUUGGUUGUCGAGACGCCUAAAGACAGGAACAUAACUAGUGAAGUUAUGCAGUCUCUGCAAAUUCCUCCAGGGACAAAUAGAGUGAUUUUUAAGACAGCAAACACUGAUAAUCGCCUUAUGGAUACAGGCUUCUUUGUACCUAAUUAUACUGGAUUUACAGCAACAGGGGCAGAAUGGUUGGUGAAAAAUACUAAUAUUACAUUUGUUGGGAUUGAUUACAUGUCUGUUGCAGUUAUUGAUGAAAUUGUUCCGGUUCAUAUAACGUUGUUGACCAGCCAUAAGAUUAUCCCUGUUGAAAAUUUGAAGCUUGAUGGUAUUGCUCCGGGGAACUACAAUGUUCUUUGCUUUCCUUUAAAGGUAGUUGCUGAGGCCGCACCAGUCAGGUGCAUUCUCUUGGAUGCAGCAUGUCACUGA